GCAAAAUCGAGCCCAAUUCGAGCCCAAAAAAAAACAGAUUAGCAGACGACAGCGCCUCCUCCAUGGAAAUACAGUCUAUCUACAGGUGCUGGUGAAGUUUUAGUCGCCCAGAGAAACAGGGACUGUCACUACCUCUGGGUUUUUUUUCUUCUUUCUUUUUGACUGAAUUCCUCAUCGUUCUGCUGUUCCAGGUCUUUGCUGUUGGAUUUCAAUCGCGGGACACACGGAGGAGAGAGAGAGAGAGAGAAGGGGAAGUCAGGAGGGAAGUGAGAGCGGGUGAGUUUGGCGCAGACAUUUGUGCAUUAGCAGGUAAACUGGGGUCCAAGGUGCGCACUGAGCCGCCUAUGAUACCAACAACACGGAUGGAAAGAACUUUAAUGUGGAACCCUCACAGAGUUUUGCAACGGAGGCUGAGAGUAGAGACAGACUGGCAGUUUAUAUUAUAACUUAGAGGAAACCAGAGGGACAGAUCAGACAGCGGUCCGCAGACACUCCGUGCGCCACUGUAGGGAUAAACAGGAACAGGGACCCGACAGGUAGAGCUGAGAAUUUAGGAACAGGCCUUGCAUCCUCUGCGCACCUGGAGGUUCGCGCGCGUGUGUAGGAAGAUGUCCAGAGAGGAGCAGAGCUUAUCGGAGGUUGAGCUCAGUCCAGGGAUGUCGGACGACAGCCGAUCCCUGUCUCCGGGUCAUUCCUCUGGUGCGACCGGCGGGGGGGACUCGCCUCUCCACGGGCAGCAACAGCAGCAGCCGCAGCUGGCGGGUCUGGACGAUGCGUCGGCGGGCUGCUCGUCCGUCGAAGAGGACGACCGCUUCCCCGCGGGAAUCCGUGAGGCGGUCAGCCAGGUGCUCAACUGCUACGACUGGACCCUCGUGCCCAUGCCCGUGCGCGUGAACACCGGAGGCAAGAACAAGCCGCACGUGAAGAGGCCCAUGAACGCUUUCAUGGUGUGGGCGCAGGCGGCGCGGAGGAAACUGGCAGACCAACACCCGCACCUGCACAACGCGGAGCUCAGCAAGACCCUGGGGAAGCUGUGGAGACUUCUCAAUGAGAGUGACAAGCGACCCUUCAUCGAGGAAGCAGAGAGGCUGAGGAAGCAGCACAAGAAGGACUAUCCCGACUACAAAUACCAGCCACGACGUCGCAAGAAUGGAAAGCUUGGUUCCGGGUCAGGAAGUGAGGCCGACGGCCAUUCGGAGGGUGAGGCCAGCCACAGCCAAUCCCACUACAAGGGCCUCCACCUGGAAGUGGCCCACAGUGGGGGAGCCGGGUCCCCUCUGGCAGAUGGGCAACACCCUCAUGCUGCAGGUCAGAGCCACAGUCCUCCCACACCUCCCACCACUCCCAAGACAGAGCCUCAGCCCGGGAAGGCAGGGGAUGGAAAGAGAGAGGGUGCUGGGAACGGGGGCUCCCGUGGGACAAUGGGAGCAGAAGGAAGCUCAGGUGCUCCGGGAUCUGGGAAACCUCACAUCGACUUUGGUAAUGUGGACAUCGGUGAGAUAAGCCACGAGGUGAUGGCCAACAUGGAGCCUUUUGAUGUCAAUGAGUUUGACCAGUACCUUCCCCCAAAUGGGCACCCAGGGGUUGGGCAGAGUGCUGGGGGAGGAGCAACUGCAACAGCUUCUCCGACCUCACCAUACACCUAUGGCAUCUCCUCAGCUCUGGCAGCAGCCAGUGGACACUCAGCAGCCUGGCUCUCCAAGCAGCAGCCGCAGCAACAUCAUGGCUCCCCUAUAGGCUCUGACCCAUCCAAGGCCCAGAUCAAGAGUGAGGCCGGAGGUGCUGGGGGUCACUUUGCAGAGGCAGUCUCAGCAGGUUCCCAUGUCACGUACACGCCCCUCACCCUUCCUCACUACAGUUCUGCCUUCCCUUCACUGGCCUCCAGGGCUCAGUUUGCUGAAUAUGCUGAUCACCAGGCCUCAGGGUCGUACUACGCCCACUCCAGCCAGGCCUCAGGCUUGUACUCAGCCUUCUCCUACAUGGGGCCCUCCCAGAGGCCCCUGUACACACCCAUCACUGACCCAGCCAGCGUACCGCAGUCGCAUAGCCCCACGCACUGGGAACAGCCUGUCUACACAACACUGUCGCGGCCAUGACAGACAACGAGACCAGAGGGCACUGGUGCAGGUUCAGCCCCCAUGUCAGACCCAAGGAGCAACAGCAGCAGCAACAACAGCAGGAGUGCUGGUGGUAUUGGAGGUCACAGUGGUCUGGGCUGGGGGGAGUGGGCAGGCACCGGGGGAGGAGGCUGGGGAGGCAGAAGGGGAGAACCCCCGCUCUGCCCUUUCCCAGAUGCAGAAAUGCUGUCACAGCCCAAGGAUGGGCUCGGAGCGUGGCGCUCUCGAAACGUGGUCGAUUAUUUGGGGCGCACAGUGUAGUAGUCAGAGAGUGUGUUACUUUGAUGGUGCAAAGAAAAAACACUCGCUCACCACCACAGAGUUCCAGGUCAGAUUCACAGCAGCAAAGCCUCUGGCACUUCAAACGACACAAUUAGCAGUGUUCAUAGGUGGUAAAGGAUCGUGUCCCCAUUGGUUUGGUGACUCCCUGUGUAUCAGAGGAGGGACACUGUAGUCUCUACACCCCAACAGACCAACGGAGGGGUCUGCAGCAACAGGGACCAGGACACACAGUGAGAAUUUACUACAUCCAAAUGUGGAAUAUAUAACUUCAAGAUCAGAACCUCGACCUGUGUUAAGAAGGAUGUGACUGAGAGGGAGUCAGAUUCAUCCUAUUGUAAAAUGUUUUAUUUGUACCAGAGGAGGGGAGUGCCAAAUCAUUUGGCUGUGGCCCAUUUAUUUCUCAGGCAAGAUUGACCUUUAAUCAAACAGAUGUUAGUUUUGUAUUGCUUUUGGAAAUCAAUGCAACAAAUACUGAUAACAUUCUGUUGGUUUCUGAGGCACAUUCGUCCCUAUUUAAUUCAAAUUGUUGUGCUGUGUUCACUUCAAAUGCCUUUUGUACACACAAUGAACAUGCAUGGAAGGAAAAUGCCAUAAAACCAUGUUGAGUUUUCUUAAGUGAAAUGUAUAUUUAGUCAAAAAUAAAAAAAGAUUAACUGUUAUCAGUAUAGUUUUUAAAAAAUGUACUUGAAAUUACAAAUGUACAUAUAUUAAUGCAUACAGAUAUGGAAUAUUUGCAAAACGACCAAAGUUUUGAGACCAAAACUUUAUAUAGAGAGAAGAAACAGAUUUUUUAGAUGUUUCUCCCAACGUGACACUCAAAACUACCUUACAUAGUGUAGCUAACUAGUUCUCUCUCAGCUGUCAGCAUUUGUCCAACGUGACAUUGUAAAUUUUAUGAAAAUGUAUUGGUGUCAAAAGUUCCUGAUGCAGUUUUUUUUUCCACAAAGGCACUGAUGAGCGUGAGGAUUUUAGUGAGUAUCUGCCGUUUUCACGUGGAACAUUCAUGACAACAGACAAUUCUAUUUAUACUUGGAUAAUUUGUUUUCACUGACCGUGAUUGCAAAGAGUCAUAGAAUACAUGAGAGGCUUUUGCGGCGUUUUAACAAUUGACUGUAAUAAUGCUGUCGAAUGCUUUUUGCCAUUAUUAUCUCCACUGAAAGUCUGCACCACUGCCUUUUCUUUUCCCUUGUGUGUCAUUCAAAGUGUGUAUAUAGGACAGUAUUCAAUGUGAAAUGUCACAUUUUUUGAUUGUAGUUGUGUGUCUUUAAAAAAAAAAAAAAACAAUUUUAAGACGGUUUCGAUGUGGUUGAUGCCAAUACUGAGAAACAGUUGCCAGAGAUUGAGCGAAUAAAGCUUCCAGGAGUUAAAGCGUUUUAACACGCCCUAAUAUUAAAUAUAAAACGUGCCUUGUCCUUAAUAAUACCUGUUACUAACACAUAGAGACAACAAGCUGUAUUUUCUUAACUCCUGUUUGUGUCUUUCCAAUUUUUAACUAUUAGUUAACCUGUUCUUUUUUUUGUGUGUCUUUUUCUCAGCUCUCUUUGGUCUAAUGUGUUUCCACAUGGAAUUUCUAUCCUUCAGCUCCUACACAGAACUGUACUUUAAGUAUCUCAUGGGAGAGUGAAAAUUUUUUUUUAAUUUGCUUAUUGUUUUUAUGUUUAUCACUGAAAUAUUCUUUAUCACUUCUGGACACAGAUCUGAACCAUAUGCAUGCAGCACUGCUUCUUUUAAUGGUGCUUAAAGCCCAUUUUUACUUAACUAUUUACCUCCAGCACAAGAGGCAGAGUUAAUCUUACAUCUUCAUUGCUAUCUGUAAUGUCGCUAUGAAUUUUACAUUUCCUAUUUAUAUAUGUUAUACGUUUGUGUGCGCAGUUAAUCGCUUCUCUCAGUUUGGAAGAAAACUUUUGACUGUUACUGCCAUUUUAGUAUUUAAUCUUUCCAUUCUUGCAUAACUGUUGCCAGCACAGCACAGCAGCGCAACUUCUACAUAACAGCAGGAGCGAAAGCCUAAACAUGUGAUGAUGACUAAUGAUCUUUUAUUCUCACUUGAAAUAAAGCUAUUAUUUCUGCCUUAAAACAA